AUGAAUCCCAAUGAUGUUCCCGUGUCAGACUCUCCCUUGCAGUCUCCUCCAGCGGGCUCUGAAGCCGCGCCGUCCAGUGGUUUUGGCAUGCCUCAGAUGCCUUUUGGACCUCAGCCCCAGCCUGUAACAUCCCAAGCUCCUGCGAGUGUCGAUCUUCAGGUCUUAAGCCAAGUGGUUGCACAGCUUGCGUCAGUUGUUGGCCAGCAAGCGCAGACAAGUGCUGCUGCCCCAGGGCCUCGAGAGGCCAGUGGUAGCUUUGAGGGUAAUUACACUUUGGCAAAUAAAGUCUUGAAGUGUCCUGAGGGUUUUGGAUCAGAUGAUUUUGAGAAGGAUUGUGGGCUUUGGUUCUCUUGGAGCAUGUCAUUUCGCAACUGGCUCGAGUUCGCAGAGCCUGUGUUCGAGAGUGAACUGCGUGAAGUCGAGCAGCGCUUGGACGAGCAAACGUCCAUCACAGGGAUGCCCGAGGCAUGUGCGCUGCGUGGCAAGCGCCUCUGGACAAUCCUGAGCACUUUGCUCAAAGGUCGUGUGCUUGGAAUCCUUCGGAGUGUGACAGAUCGUAAUGGCUAUGAAGUUUGGAGGUUGUUGGUCACGACAUACCCUCCUAAGACUCGCAGCCGUUCGUUGGCCAUGUUGUCAGCGAUUAUGCAGCAGGGCCGAUUUACCAUCAAGGGCCAGACUUUGCUUGAACAAAUCACUGCUUUUGAGCGUCUUGUGCAUGCUUACGAAGAUGCGUCCAACUCCAAGGUUCCCGACGACAUUUUGUUGUCGACACUUGUCCGAUGCUGCCCCAAUUACUUGACCCAACAUGUGCAUUUACGCAUGACCCCUACCACCACUUAUCAGGAGGUGCGUGCCAUGAUGAUAUCGUACGAAGUGUCUACCACUCGGUGGACUCCGACCAAGGUCGCCGCUGAUCUGGGAAUCCCUUCUAGCAGUGCUGCACCCAUGGAUGUGGAUGAUGGUAACGCAAAGGGUGCCAAUCAGGCUGCUUCGAAGAAAGAUGUGGUUUGUCACUACUGUUGGAAGAAGGGCCAUUACAAGAGUGAGUGCCGGAAGCUUCAGGCUGACCAGAACGCCGGCAAUGUUCGUCAGGUUGAGGGUGCUGAAGCCACCGCAUCCAACGACAACUCCAAGGCCACUUCAUCCACUGACAACAGCAGUGCCAAUGCCAGCGCGCGGCCCAAUGCUACUGUGCGCCGCAUUGCUUUUGAUCUUACCGCUCCUGAUUGUGCUGUGCCCUCUGCCGCUAGCCAUGCUGUCAUUCGCAAGAUUUCUACAUGUUCCAGUCCUGAGUGGUUCGACAUGACUUGUGGAGAUCAUGUGGAUGAUGUGGUGACGGCCCCUGAGCCGCUGCAUUUCGACCUCACCUACAGUGACGAGGAUGGUGAGUGGACCAGGGCUUUCAACUGCACGGCCUGUGCUGAGGCCCCCCUGCCGAGUGUCCGAGCUGUUUGCCACGAGCGUGAGCUUGACAUCUGUGUCGAUUCUUGUGCUGACGAAAGCUGCAUUCCUUACAACAUGAGUGAGAUUGGCUUCCCCGGUGGAGCCAGCCGCACCCUUCAGGAUGCUCAGGGUCACCCGAUGACCACCCGCGGUACAAGGUUGGCUGUCCUUGACAGCGGCACUGCCAGCUUUCGCGAGUCGUGGGUGAUUAGCCCCGUGGGUCAGCCGAUUUUUGCUGUUGGCAAAUUGCUGCGCCGAGGCUGGCGUAUCGUUGACGUGCAGCUGAUGUCGCCCGACGGCGAUGCGUGUGUGCCCCUGCACUUUGAACAGAACAGCUUGAUGUGCCGAGGGGUUAUUCGGGUGGUGUCUUCUUCGGAUGUUGAGGUGACUGUUAGUCCCUUCAUGCUGCGAUGCCUUGAUACUUGUGACUAUAUGUCUGAGGUCACUCCGGGUGUGUUUGGGCUUCGGUUGCUUACUUCACGAUUUCCCGACAUCACAAUGCUUGAGCCGUACGAAGGGCUGUGCUACCGGACCACCAUUGUGCGGAAGUCCGAGACUGAACCAUGGCAUCUGCUUGAGUUGUCUGAGCCUCUUGAGCUGCUUGAACAAGGCAAGCUUGAUCGUGUGAUCGAUGCGACGCGACCCAAUCAUCCCUUCGACUGUGUGGUCUUUGGGCACCGAACUGUUCUCACUCCUGGUGAGCUUGGCUUUGAGUACGCUGCACCCCCAGCUGGUUCAGAGGCACCCGUGCCCGCUCCAGCUGGUGUUCCACCAGGCCUUGCUGAUCCAGCCGGUGUUCCACCAGGCCAUGCUGAGGAUGUUGCACCAAACCUUGAUGCAGGUGAGGUGCCCGGUGUUGAGGUUGGAGAUGUUGCGGAUGCGGCACUUGCCGGUCCCCGGGAUGAUGGCCAGGCUGAGGCUGUGAUGCAAGAUGCCAUUCAUGAUCGUGAUGGUGAGUUGCCCGAGUCAAUCACCAUUGAUGAUGUUGUUUUGACGGCUGAAACAAACUUGCGGACGUUGCGAGCCGCCUGCCAAAACUUGCAAGUUGGAAAGUCUGGAAGCCGUGCCACGGUUUUCAAGCGUCUUGUUGAACGCCUUCGGCAGAUGAAAGUUGCUGCGAGUGCUGCGGUUCAUGCUGAGUCAAUUCCUGAGGUGAUUGUCCCAAGUCAGCCGGCUGAGCCGACUCCCGAGGUUCGCCGGCAGCAUGAAGCCACUCACUUGCCCUACGCUCCGUGGUGCGAAGUGUGUGUCGCACACAAGGCCAGAGACAAUGCGCAUCAUCCGACAGACCCUGCUGAGCGAAUCCCAACUAUCAGCUUUGACUUUGGCUUCUCAAGCCGUGAUGACGAUGGACGGCAAAAGCUGUGCUGUUUGUUCCUCCAUGACUCCGUCACCGGAUGGAGGGAAGCAAUAGCUGUUCCAGGAAAGAGUGGAGUCCAUGGCGGCCUGCACGUGCAAGCAUACUUGACCGCCGAAGUCUGCCGGCUGCUAUCUUUUCUUGGAUAUCGCAAUGUGCGGCUGCGCUCUGAUCCUGAACAGACUUGUCUUAGUCUUCAGCAAGAGAUUGCCAAGGUCCGUCAGCGUGUCGGUCUGCGUACCGUCACCGGCCAAGUAGCUGAGGAAGAUCAUGCCGCGAAUGGCGGGGCCGAGUCCACGGUCCAUGCGAGGCCGACGGGGCCAAGGCUGCUGAAAGUGAAGGCGGAGGAGGAGAAGGCAGAUGGCUGUCCUGGGAUUGGUGCGCUGCUCUGA